UUGAGUUGCAGGACAAUGAAAACAAGAAGGAGAAUGAAAACAAGGAGACGAUAUUAUGGUAAAGACAGAAUCAGUUGUCUACCUGAUUGUCUUUUACUUCAUAUUUUGUCCAAUUUGGAAGCGAAGCAAGCUGUUCAAAUAUCCAUCCUCUCCACUAGAUUGAAGGAUCUCUGGAAAAAUAUUUCCGUUCUUUCUUUGAGUAGAAACUUUCGAAACUUUGAAUCUUUAGAAAGUUUCGCCACUUUCGUUUCUCAAUUUUUCUCUUCUCGCGAUGACAAAACCUCUCUGCAAGCUCUCACUUUUGAGUGCACUCACUAUUUUGACCCUAACCUGCUCAAAAGGAUCAUAAAAUACUUGUUUUCACACAACAUCCAACACUUGGAUAUGAAAGUGGCUUGCAGUCUUGAACACUUUCCACUCUGUACCAACUCUUCAUAUCAUACUUUAACCUCUCUUAAACUUAUUUCAUGGGAAGAAGUGCAACAAUGGGGUAGACAAAAACCAGUAUUUCCGAAUUCUCUUCAAUUUCCCGCAUUAACCUACUUGUCUUUACAAUCCUUCACCUUUCGAUGCACUACUGAUGAUGGCUAUGCUGACCCCUUUUCCGUAUUUCAAAGUUUGAAUACUUUGAUUAUUGAAUGUUGUUCACUUUAUAAUGAAAAAACCCGUGUUGAAGACAACCUAUUCAUAUCAAGUGUCUCACUUGUUAAUUUAACAAUAGUAUUGCCUGCCAAUUACAAGUCUUAUAAAUUGAAGUUAUCUACCCCAAAUCUUUUUAGCUUUGAUUUUACUGGUCAUCCAUUUCAGAAUUUAUGUGGGCACCAUAACAUUAGCAAUACCAAUUUCUCUUAUAUUAAACACGUAAAGAUUCAUUUACCAUUCCACAAAGUCACAAAUUUUCCUUCAAUUCUAUUCAAUUGGCUUGUUGAGCUUGACCUUAUGGAAUCAUUGGCAAUCUCUUCAGAGACUCUUGAGAUUCUCAAAUUAAUUCCUGAUUCAUGGAAGAUUGAUUUCCCUUAUUUACAUAAUUUGAAGUUAUUGGAAAUAGAAAUACAUGAAUUUUCAUCUCUACCCGAUGGAACAGAAGACUUUUUGCUUCAAAAUGCACCGUCAGCAAAGAAAGUCAUUUUCCCAGGGCCUACUUUGAAGGAUUUAAUAUGCAAUGACUCAUGGAUCAAUGAAGCAAAAACACGCCGAAAACAAUCUCGACACUGACACGACGACACUGAUAAUAAUUCAAAAAAAUGAAUAAAUUAAACGUAAGUUUAAAUGUCAGUGCAUGUGUACUCAGACUUGUGCUACAUAGGAUUUUAUGUCCAAGAGAUUGAAAGGGUGUAUGCAGUGACUAAGGCAAUUUUUCAGAGAGAUAUGUUUCCAUAGCAUAGCAUUAUUAAGACUUAUUUAUUUUCUCUGCAACUUACUGAAUUAUUGUUUUUAUUUUGUUUGUCAAGAAGAUUUAUAUAUUUCUAACAUUUUUGUGUCA